AUGUCAGUUCCAUUCACGCAACUGUAUAUUGACGGGAGAUUGGUCCCUUCCAGCACAAGCGAAACUUUCGACGUUCGCAGCUCGUACUCUGGGGAUGUUGUCGGCACAGCAGCGUCAGCCUCCAGCGCGGAUUGUAGGGCUGCUAUCGAAGCUGCGGCGAAGGCGUUCAAGACAUGGGAACAGACCAGCCUCGUCGAGCGUCGAGAUCUCUUCCUGAAGGCCGCAAGCAUUGUCGAGACCGAGAAAUGGGAGAAGAAACUUCUGCAGGUGGUGCCGCAGGAGACCUCCUGUGCUCCCUACUGGGUAGCUCGCCACGCCCAUGUAGUGGCCAACAUGCUACGUACUCAAGCUGGGAUGGUAAACUUUUUGAGGGGCGAGAUUUAUCCCUCUGAGACUGCUCCCGGUGCCCAAGCCAUCUCUAAGCGAAGGGCGAAGGGCGUCGUGCUUGGCAUCGCCCCUUGGAACGCUCCUUUCCCCUUGACUGUCAAUACGAUUGCGGCACCAAUCAUCAGUGGUAAUACCGUUGUCUUCAAAAGUUCAGAGCUCAGUCCUAGGAGCCAAUCGCUGGUCGUCGACCUAUUCGAGGAAGCCGGUCUGCCUGCUGGAGUAUUCAAUUUCAUCUCCAUUUCCAGAGAGAACGCGCCAGCGUUAACUGCUGAAAUCAUUGCCCAUCCGGCAGUUCGAAUCACUAAUUUUACUGGGAGUGAUCGUGUAGGGAAGAUAAUCGCGAUGGAGUCUGCAAAGCACCUCAAGCCGUGUGUCCUUGAAUUGGGUGGCAAGGCUCCUGCGGUGGUUCUCGAUGACGCUAAUGUUAUCGAGGCGGCCAAAGCUAUCGUUUGGGGCGCGAUGGCUCAUUCUGGCCAAGUGUGCAUGUCUACCGAACGUGUUAUCGUCCAAAGCGGGAUUGCGGAUAGGAUCGUCUCAGCAAUUAAAGAGCUUAGCAGCCAGCUGAAAGCAGGCGACGUUUUGGGCGACCCUGCGCCGCGUCUUGGAGCGCUCUUCUCAGAGUCCUCUGCCGACAGCGUUGUGCAACUCUUACAAGACGCUAAGCAGCAUGGAGCGGAGAUCAUAUUGGGUGAUACCUCGAAACAAGGCGCGGUUGUUCAGCCUCAUCUUGUCACAAAUGUGAAGCCCGGCAUGCGGAUCUGGGAGAAAGAGUCCUUUGGACCUGUUAUUGUUUUCGCAGUUGUCAACUCUGUCGACGAAGCAAUUGAAUUAGCCAACGCCUCAGACUACUCCCUUUCCGCUUCUUUAUGGACCAGCGAUCUGUACGCAGCGCAAAGUCUUGCGGCACAGAUCCGGGCCGGCGCCACGUCCAUCAAUGGCUCAACUAUUCACACGGAAGGGACUGACAGCCUAUUGGGACUAGGCGGUGCCUCUGGCUACGGAAGAUUCCACAUCGAGAGUUAUACAGAUAAACGAGUGAUCGUUACGCAUCCUCUUGGACGACAGUAUCCCCUAUUCAUGUGA